UGGCUUUGUGUUGACAUAACCUAUAAAAAGCUUUGCGUGUUUUGGUUUUUCUUGGUGAAAAUUUUUCUAAAAAAUGCGGCUUUCAUUUGCGUGCUUCUUCAAAAAGACAGUCAAUGGACACAUCUUCAGGGGGAAGAAUCGCCUGGUGAAACCUGUGUCCAAGCAAGCAAUGAUCAGGCUGAGAGCUGAAUAUGAUCUUCAGGAACAAAACAUGCUCUACCUCCGGCAUCCCUAUUUGACUAUUGAAGAAUCUUUUGGACAUACUAAAGAAUUGGGAAAACCAGAGGCGAAAAUGGCAAGAUGGAAAGAUUACGAUUUGGAGCAAAGGAGGAAGCCUCACAUCACCAUUGAAGAGCGGCUAUCUUGUCUCAAAAUCAAGGAUGCGUGGGAUUAGGAUAUUGUAGCUGAUCGAGCAGAUCUAUAUCUAAUAAACUCAUAGAAUUAUUUAAAUUUAGCAAA